AUGGGGAAGAUGCCCACGGCCAAGGAUGCCUUCAGAGACAUCUCCAUAUACUUUUCCAAGGAAGAGUGGGCAGAGAUGGGAGAGUCAGAGAAAUUCCGCUACAGGAAUGUGAAAAGGAACUACGAGGCACUUGUCACUCUAGGUCUCAGAGCCCCUCGUCCAGCAUUCAUGUGUCACCGCAGGCAGGCCAUCAAGGCCCAGGUGGAUGACACGGAGGAAUCUGAUGAGGAAUGGACACCUCGGCAGAAAGUCAAACCUCCCAGGGUGGCCUCCGGAGUGGAGCAGAGCAACCACAAGAAGGUGAGUACGUGCAAGUCUACAGACAAGCACCCCUUCCCUGUGGGGCCACACUCAG